UCAGGGUGCCUUCAUGAUCAUAAAAGCAGAGAGAAGUCUGCUGAAAGCGUUUUUGUCAACUGCAUGAGCAUGAAGACUUUCAGCUUUAUCCUAACCCCAGCUGUCCUCAUGCUGCUGCUGGCAGCCGGCUGGACCAGCGCCUACAAGCCCGUCAUCCUUGUCCACGGGGUCUUAAGUGGGCCUAGGUCUUUUAAGAUGCUCACUGGAUUCAUCAAGAAGGCACAUCCAGGUACCAAGGUGACAGCGAUUGACCUGUUCAACUAUGGAAACAGCACUGAGCCCAUGUGGAAACAGGUUGAAGGUUUCGGAAAGGUCAUCCAAAAAAUCAUGGAGAAGUCUCCAGAGGGAGUCCAUCUUCUGUGCUACUCUCAAGGGGGUCUAAUUUGCAGAGGACUUCUUUCCACUCUCCCAAACCACAACGUGCACAGCUUCAUUGCGCUGUCUUCACCGCUGGCUGGGCAGUUUGGAGUGCCGGAUGUCUUGCUCAGAUAUUUUCCCCUUUCUGCAAGAGAAUUAGUGUACCUUUUAUGCUACACAAAAGACCUACAGGAGAGCAUUUCUAUGUGCAACUAUUGGAACGAUCCUCAUCGCAGGAGACGAUACCUGAAAUACAGCAACUUCCUGCCACUGCUGAAUGGAGAAAAACCGCACAGCAAGAUGGCAGCCUGGAGAAAAAACUUCCUGCGCAUCAAGAAGCUGGUGCUGAUUGGAGGACCGGAUGAUAAUGUCAUCACCCCGUGGCAGUCCAGCUUCUUUGGAUUCUACAACCACAAUGAAGUAGUUGUUGAAAUGAAGGAACAGACGUUUUACAAGAAAAACACGUUUGGCCUGAAGACGCUGGACACUCGUGGCGACAUAUCCGUGUGCAGUCAGCCUGGGGUCAAACAUGUUAAGUGGCACUCCAACAAGAAGGUGUUUGACAAAUGCAUUAAAAAAUGGCUUGAUUGAAGAUGAGAAGAGCCUGGUUCAGCUGAGGAUCAGUGCAGUCACCAAUGAGCUCUGCACGCGCUUUAGAGAGAAUCUGCGACGCCUUCAGGUUCUAGUUAGGGACUUUUAGUGGCGUCUAGUGGUCAGAUGUAGGACUACAAUCAAAAAAGGAACACCACCAAUAUCCAAAACGAAAUUCCUGGAAGUCCCGGCGACCAUAAAUGUGUUUCCAGUUUGUGUUUCCUCCUAUUUGUUCAUGUGGUCAUCUUAAGUCAAACAUUUUUAUCCUUAACUUGCAUCAUUGGGCAAUCAGUUAAGUGACUGGAGUUCACAUAACAUUCUUUGAAGUCAAUUUAAAUGUUUGUUUUGAUGAAAACUAUUAGAAAAUGGAAAAUGGACACACCUUCAACAUGGAAAAGUCCAAUGAUGGAUAGUUCAAUCAUGGAUAGUUCGAGUUCACCCGGUUCUCUCAGUUUUUUCUGCUUUUUCUUGCUUUCUUCUCUAAUAAACAUUUUCCUGCUGGCAUUCUAAUUCAGUAUUGCUUUAUUUCUUAAAUGUACAUUUUCUUUUUGGUUAUUUUUAAUACACUCUUUUGACAACCAAAACUGGUGACACAUGAGAGUCUUACAAACGUAAAGACGCAGAUAUUAACAACAUGUAUGACAAAUGUAUCCCCAGCUUCACUGGUAAACAUGUUGAAGACAUCAACGUACAAGAAGAAUGUUAAUUAACAUUAUUACCUGUAGAUGAAUCAAAACCUGCAUUUUUUUUACAGUUACAGUAAUGUUCAGUUUGUAAAUAAUAAAAUUAUUCAUAAUUAUCCAAGUUUUACAUUUCAUAGAAUAUUUUGGACAUUGUAAGGAUUUCUUUUCUCUUUUAGUAGAUUUUAGCGACAUUUUGGAGGUGAAAUAAAAGACUGUAACAAUAUUUGCUCAAAGAAAUAUAAGAAUAUGUUACCUCCCAGAGACGCUUCAGUUAGUGUGUUUAGUAUUAAAAUCCAGACAGAGUAAUUAAAAAAAGAUUUAUCAAGUGUAAAAAUAAAAGAAAUGAAACCAAAGCUGACAGCUGACGGUAAAAUUUCCUUUAAAAGAGCUUAUAAGGUUGGAAUAGUUCAGUGAACUGCAAUAAUGUUCCUGCACAAAAUGGUAAAAGGCAAAAUAAAUUACCACAGAAAAAACACUUCAGGUGGGAUA